ACAGUGCGUCACCACCGGGCACACACUGGUUGAAUCAACGUUGCUUCUACAUCAUUUUGAAUUCAAUUACUUUGAACCAACGUGGAGCUGGCUGGGAAUAUACGUUGAAUUGACGUCUGUGCCAAGUGGGUCUAAUCGUAUAGAUUUCGUGAUGCGGAAUGCAUGCGUAAAAUCAGACAGAGCCGACCUACACAAGAGCCAAAAUGACACUUCACCACUGCCUGUUUUACCUCUAAACAAACAUGCAUCCUGAACGACGUGCUUUCCUCUAUUCUUACUUGCAAUAAACAUUAGAAGACUUAGAAGAUGGAGAAUAUAUCUAUCUCGAACAGCCGCAGGGUAUUUCCGGUGUUGUGUAACGAAUCCACGGACUACUAUUAUAUGAGCGCGACUAACCGGACAGAUCUGAACUGCACGCCCCAAUCAGAGUUCUACUUUUACGCGGACCUCUACAUAGUCCUGCCUGUGAUCUAUUCGGUAAUAUGCGCCGUGGGUUUAACGGGGAACACGGCCGUUAUCUACGUUAUCCUCAAAGCGCCUAAAAUGAAGACGGUGACCAAUAUGUUUAUCCUAAACUUGGCGAUAGCCGACGACCUGUUUACCCUGGUCCUACCCAUCAACAUCGCCGAGCACCUGCUCCACUACUGGCCCUUAGGAGAGGUGCUGUGUAAGGUCAUCCUGAGCAUAGACCACUAUAACAUCUUCUCCAGUAUCUACUUCCUGACGGUCAUGAGUGUGGACCGUUAUCUGGUCGUUCUGGCGACGGUGCGUUCCAAGCGUAUGCCGUACCGCACGUACCGCGCGGCCAAGAUAGUGAGCCUGUGCGUCUGGAUCCUCGUGAUUCUUAUCGUGAUGCCUUUCACUGUAUUCGCCGGGGUCUACAUUAGUCCCGAUGACUUGGACCGGAAAAGCUGCGUCCUCAGCUUCCCGAGCCCGGAGAGUUUGUGGUUCAAGGCGAGCCGGAUAUACACCCUGAUCCUCGGCUUUGCCAUCCCGGUGUCGACCAUCUGUAUUCUCUACACCAUGAUGCUGUACAAACUACGGAACAUGCGCCUCAACUCCAACGCCAAAGCGCUGGACAAGGCUAAAAAGAAAGUAACUAUUAUGGUGUUUAUAGUCUUAGCGGUGUGUCUGUUCUGUUGGACGGGGUUUCACCUCAGCACCAUAGUGGCUCUCACCACCGACCUGAGGACCACUCCGCUGCUCAUCGGGUUGUCCUACUUCAUCACCAGCCUCAGCUACGCAAACUCUUGUCUGAACCCUUUUCUUUACGCCUUUCUGGAUGACAGCUUCAGGAAAGCGUUCAAAAAGAUGCUAGAAUGUAGACCGGCAGGAAUGUAAUUUCCUACAGGCUUAGUGGAUAGUGGAUACAAUAUGGUAUGAUAAUAUUGAUGCCAUUCAAAAAUAAACUAUGAUCAUAUUAUUUAUGUUUGCUUGAAUCUACAUUAGGUGAUUAUCAUUGUUGCCAUGGUAUGACUUAAAUAUUUAAUAUUUAACAUGGAAUAUAUAACAUGGAAUAAAUAAUAUGGAAUCAUAUGGAUUCUGGCCAGGUUUGGAGGGGAGUAUUUCUUUUUUAUGGACAAUUGUCUCCCCCUGGUGUCCUGAGAAGGCAGGUAGCCUCCACUGUAGUGAGGGCAGGUAGCCUCCACUGUAGUGAGGGCAGGUA